AUGGCAAACACAAAUCAUGAAAGAGGAACCUCCAUUGGUAGAGGUCGUCCUAGGAAGCAGCAAUCUUCCUCCACUAUAUCACCACCAUCCUCCACUAUCCCACCACCAUCAUCUAUUAUCCCACCUUUCACCAUUCCUAUGGCACCAGACUUGACUCCACCACCUUCGAUGCUAGGUGUUUAUUCACCACCUUCUGCUGGUUCACCAUCAGGUGUAAUGUAUUCACCAUCUUUCCAUUUAGGAUCUUCUAUCCAUCCUGCGGCACCUCUUAUCCAUCGUAGACCAUCUCCUAUCCAUUUAGGAUCACCUUCCGUCCAUUCAGGAUCAUCUGCUGUUCAUUCAGCAUCUCCUCCUAUUCAUCCUACAGAUCUUGAAGCUAGUUAUUCUCAGGAUGCUGUAGAUACACAGACUAGCGAUGGCAGGCCGUGUUAUACCUUGAUGGAGAUGUAUAAAUGA